ACUACUCGUACAUUACUAUACCUCUGAUACCCACCUACCUCUUCAUACAAACACAAACACAAACACGCACACAUAUCCUUCCUCUUCUUUUCUUUCCUUUACGUCUUGCCCGCUGCCACAUUAUGCCCAAGGAACAUAGAAAGCGCGGUCGCCGCGACGAAGAGAAAAAGCGGAAGCGCGAGCAGCACCAAGACGAAGAAACCGACGCAAAGCGCUCCAAGCACGCCGAAGAAGAUUUCCAACAACUCGCCAUCGACCCCACGACCGGAGCAGAGGAGGAAUACUACGAGGACUACCAGUACGAAGAUGGAGCAAUUGAUGGCGUCACUCGCCCUGAGGCUCUUCCCUUCUAUGGAAUGCUCGACGAGGACGAGCAGGAGUACUUCAAGCGUGCUGACGAAUUGCUCGAAUUGAACCAAUUCGCCGACGCCGAAGAGCGCUCAUUAUUCCUCGAAAACGUCUACAAGGAAGCCGACGGCAAGGAAUUGAAAAUCGCCAGCAGCCAGUCAUGCUCGCGGCUCAUGGAGCGACUCAUCCUUCUCUCCACUCCCGUGCAGUUGAAGGGAUUGUUCCAAAAAUUUAGCGGACACUUCCUUAACCUUGUCCAACAUCGCUUUGCAUCACACUGCUGCGAAGCACUGUUCAUCAAAGCUGCACCUACCGUCACACAGGAAGUCGCCAAACCCGAACUCACCCAGACACCCCCGUCCUCCGAUCCCAACGAUGUCGUCGUGUCGAUGGAAAAUCUAUUUCUGUACACCCUAGCGGAGUUGGAAGGUUACCUGGGAUACCUCAUGACAGACCGCUUUGCCUCCCACGUCCUGCGCGUUUUCUUGAUCGUGCUCUCUGGUGAGCCUCUUGAGAAGCAAGCCAACAAGUCGACCGUGCAAAGCAAAAGGAAGGAAAAAAUCACCGUUGCGGGAAGCGAACAAGUGCAGGAACGUACCUUGGAACAGAGGGUGGUCCCGAAAUCUUUCCUCGAUGCCCUGGAGAAAGUGAUCAAGGACAGCGCUGCAAGCUUGGAGUCGACCUGGCUCCGCACCCUUGCCGAGCACCCCACAGGAAACCCAACCUUGCAGUUGCUAUUGCAACUCGAACUUACCAAAUUCGGAAAAUCGCGUGCGAAAGAUGAGACAUCGAUCAUCCACAAGCUUCUUCCAGACGACCCCAUCGCCGAAGGUACAGAGAGUGCCUCCUUCAUCAAUGGUCUGGUUUAUAGCACCAUCGGAUCGCGGUUACUCGAGACGAUCAUUCAACAUGCCCCCGGUAAAAUGUUCAAGGCCAUAUACGCCGACUUCUUCAAGGAGCGCAUGGGCAGCUUGGCUCGCAAUGAGAUUGCGGGAUAUGUUGCUGGUAGGAUCUUGGAGAGGUUGAGCAAAGAGGAUUUGGCAGAUGCUGUCCGCCAAAUAUCGGAGCAAAUCCCCAACCUGGUAGAGCGCAAUCGUACAGCUAUCCUGAAGACGCUGAUCGAGCGGUGUGCAGUCCGCAACGUUGACACAGCGCCCAUCAAGGCGCAACUCGAGAAGGCGUACAGUGGCAACAAUGGUUUUGAGAUCACUAGGAUCCUCAAGCUGCAGGAGACUCCAUCGGAAGACGAAAAGUCACAAUCGAAACACGACGCCUCCCAUCCUGAGAAGGUCCAUGGUUCUCUCCUCGCCCAGGCGAUGAUGUCCGUUCCUGGCCCGUUGGGAAAACUCAUCUUCGAUUCGCUCGAAUCGCUUGGUACACAUCUAUCACUCAUUGUUGCCCGGGAUCCGAUCGCGUCACGCACGCUCCAGGCGGCAUUGAAGUCUCCUAAUGCGACUGUCAUAUUCCGAAGAAAAGUUAUCCAACAAUUCUAUGGCCACAUUGGGGAGCUUGCGCUUGACCCCGCAGGAUCUCAUGCAAUCGACGCUAUAUGGGAAGGUACGCAUGGGCUCGCUUUCAUCCGCGAACGCAUCGCAGAGGAGCUUGCCGAGAAUGAAGCUGCUCUGCGCGAGUCUUUCGUCGGACGAGCGGUUUGGCGGAACUGGCAGAUGGAUCUGUACAAGCGACGACGUGGAGAUUGGGUCAAACAAUCACGAUACACGGCAGGCAAUGAAGGAUUCCAAUCGUUCCCUGAGAACAACGGAGAUGCACCGACUGCAAAGGGCAACAAGCCUGGCAAACAUCUUACAGCAAUCGAGCUGGCUCGACAACGACACGCGGCGGCAAAAGCCGGACAGGCGAAGAAGGACCACAAAGAGAAGAAGCAUGUGGCAAAACACACUGGUAGGACCGGCGGAAAUAAGGGGAAAGCUCCAGUGUUGACUUGAACUUGAUCAAAUUUGAUCUGAAUGAUAUAUACAUAGUGAGACAUUGCGAGGAGCAGCAAGACGAACUGGGAUGGUACGAUUCUGCAUAGCUAUCAAGAGACUGACUGAGCAUUAAAGGCAUGGCGCAUCUGGAGGUUUGCUUGUUCCAAAAUGUUUUGAUUUUCGCGCUACUUUAGAUACCUUUUGGCCUCGGCAAUCGAUGCGGUGAGGGCUUUCUGCCGGCAGUUUUUCUUUUUCUCGAAUAAUCAGUAGGCAAUUACUUGAGUCGAUGUCGACAUCUGCCCUGUCCGCCUUCAAUUACGUCCGUAUCAGUCCUUUGUGCGUCAUCUUCGGAUUGUGACUGUCCUGUGUGAUUUUAAGAAAGCCAAAUCACUGUUUCGACUCUGAUCGUCGUCUUAUUUAACUAUUUGUAACUUUUUAGCUCUUUUUCUUUUUCUCUAAA